AUGCUUUGGCGGCGGUGUGUCCGUGUUCCCUCGGCUGCUCUAGCCUCUGUUCUCCCGCUGGUGCUGCUCUGGUCCGCCUGGUCCGGAGCUGAGGCCCGGGACUCGGACCUGAACUUGGUCACAUGCGGAUCUCUAGUCAAAUUACUCAACACUCGCCACAAUGUCCGCCUCCACUCCCACGACGUCAAAUACGGAUCAGGCAGCGGGCAGCAGUCUGUGACCGGAGUGGACGCAGCUGACGAUGCCAACAGCUUCUGGCAGAUCCGCGGGAAGCCGGACAAGCCCUGUACCCGCGGAGCACCCAUCAAGUGUGGCCAACAAGUCCGAUUCACACACAUGAAGACGGGACGCAACCUGCACUCGCACCACUUCACCUCCCCCCUGUCCAACAACCAGGAGGUGAGUGCAUUCGGCGAGCGCGGCGAGGGCGAUGACCUGGACGUGUGGACGGUGCAGUGCGACAGCGACGUGUGGGAGCGCGACGACAGCGUGCGGCUCAAACACGUGGGCACCGACGUCUUCCUGGCCGUCACCGGGGAAACGUACGGCCAUCCAAUCAGAGGGCAGCGCGAGGUCCACGGCAUGAACAACGGCGGCGCGCACAGCCUCUGGAAAACCAUGGAGGGAGUGUUCAUUCAGCCCAGCACGGAGCCACUCCGACACGACGAACUGUGA